CUCUCAAGGCAAAGGCUCUUCUCGCACAGCAAAUAUGCACAGUGCAGCCUCAGCGCAUGAAUGAAAACGCCUCCAGUCGCUGCGAGCUCGUCAAUAUGGAUCACAAAACGCUAGUCGCCCUGUCCAUGGUGCUGUCCCAGGUGCUGGUAUUUGCCAUUGCAAAUGAUAUGGAGUGCAUCCCGGGAUUCCAACAGAAAAUAUUCUAUGUAGAACAGCCUUCAGAAUUUACAGAAGAUCAACUUGUUUUGAAUGUGCAAUUCAAUGACUGCAGCGGGAAUGAAGAAGUGAUAUACGAAGUAUCAAAUCCUGAUUUUAAAGUGGAACCUGAUGGGUCAUUAAUUGCGCUAAGGAAUAUUACAGAAGUGGUACGGGUAUUAUUUAUCCAUGCUCGGUCUCCUCAUACAGAUGAUAUGGCAGAAGUAAAGAUUCUUGGAAGAAAGGAAAGACACAAUUCUUCAAAGAAUGUACUUAAGGUCCCAAGGCACCUUCCUUUCCUGAGGCACAGAAGAGCAAUUGUGGCACCGUCUAUCUCAAUUCCAGAGAAUCAGAGAAUCCCUUUUCCAAAAAUUGUCGGCAGGGUGGUUGUAAGUGAUCGGAUACCAGGCUCCAAAAUACGACUUUACGGCAAAGGAGUGGAUCAAGAGCCCAAGGGAAUUUUCAGAAUAAAUGAAAAUACAGGAGAGGUCUCAGUGACGAAAGCCCUUGACAGAGAGGCAAUUCCAUCUUACCUGCUUCAAGUUGAAACCACUGAUGAGAAUGGGAAGAAUAUUGAGGGCCCUGUUGACCUUGAAAUCCUUGUAAUUGAUCAAAAUGAUAACAGACCAAUCUUUAGAGAGGGACCAUAUGUUGGUCAUGUGCUGGAGGGAUCACCAACAGGAACCACAGUGAUGCAUAUGAUGGCUUUUGAUGCUGAUGAUCCAACAACAGAUAAUGCUGUGCUGCGCUAUAACAUUCUCAGACAGACUCCAGAUAAGCCAUCACCAAACAUGUUCUACAUUGAUCCAGAGAAGGGCGACAUUGUCACUGUUGUGUCCCCAGCACUGUUAGACCGUGAGACUCUUUCCACCCCUCAGUAUGAACUGAUUGUUGAAGCUAAAGAUAUGGCUGGUAUGGAUGUUGGUUUGAUUGGAACAGCCACUGCAACCAUUGUAAUUGAUGACAAAAAUGAUCAUCCCCCUGAAUUCACAAAAAAGGAGUUUCAAGCAACAGUAAAAGAAGGAGUAACGGGUGUCAUGGUCAACUUAACUGUGGAGGAUAAAGACGACCCAGCCACUGGAGCAUGGAAGGCAGUGUAUACAAUCAUCAAUGGGAACCCAGGCCAGAGUUUUGAAAUUCAUACCAAUCCAAAGACAAAUGAAGGCAUGCUUUCUGUAGUCAAACCAUUGGACUAUGAGAUUUCUGCAUUUCAUACACUGCUGAUCAAGGUUGAGAAUGAAGACCCUCUGAUCCCCGAUGUUGGCUAUGGAUCUAGCUCUACUGCAACUGUUCAAAUAACUGUAUUGGAUGUCAAUGAAAGUCCAGUAUUUCACCCAGAUCCAAUGACUGUGACAACGAAGGAAAAUAUUCAGAUUGGUUCACAGUUGUUCACAGUUAAUGCAACAGAUCCAGACACACUGCAGCAUCAGUCUAUAAGGUACUCCAUACUGAAGGAUGAGGCAGGCUGGCUGUACAUUAAUCCUCUGAAUGGCACAAUCAAUACAACAUUUCCUUUGGACCGUGAAUCAACAUUUGUCCUGAACAACACUUAUACUGCACUCAUCUUAGCAAUAGACAAUGGCAGCCCCCCUGCCACCGGAACAGGCACCUUUCAGAUUACCCUGGAGGAUAUCAAUGACAACGCACCAUACAUACAUCCUACCUCUGCAUACGUGUGCGAAGACUCAAAAGACCUCGCUGUUGUUAUCUUGAGCGCAUCAGACCGGGACCUUCAUCCAAAUUCUCACCCUUUCAAAUUUGAGUUAAGCAAGCAGACAGGAUCUGACAAGGCAUGGAAAAUUACCCAAUUAAAUCAUACCCAUGCCCAGGUCAGCCUUCUGCAUAAUCUGAAGAGAGCCAAUUACAAUCUUCCGGUCACGGUAACAGAUUCUGGGAAGCCUCCAUUGACCAACAACACAGAACUAAAAGUACAAGUGUGUUCCUGCAAGAAGACCAAAAUGGACUGCAGCUCAGCCGAUGCUCCUCAUGUCAGCAUGUUCCUCCUCCUCCUAUUUUCACUCUCCAGUUUGUAUUAUCUGUAAGUACUGGUGACUUUUAUAAGCUGACUACUGCAUUGCCAUGGCAACAGAAUGAGAAAAAAAAACAUUUUCAGAAGAAGGCAGUUUACAGUUACUUCGACUAGGCCUCAACUACUCCAGAUUCAGUUUAAUUUGCAACCUCAUAAGUCUUUAAAAUGGCACACCAGUCCUUGACAGCAUCUGUUCCUGCAUUCUUUCUAUAAAUGGAUCCCUGCUGAAGAAGCACUAUGAACAUUUUUGGCUUAAAGGCUCAAGAACAUUAGUUUGAACUUGUCCUUCGCAAGGCAGAAAGAUUGCAUUCACAGCAACGUAAAUAUUUUCUUUUAACGUUAUUGUACCCAUAACCAAACCUAAAACUGUUUAUCCGUCAGAUUUGUGAGUGCGUGCUCUUCAUUUCAACACAGACCAGAGAUUUUCCAAGAUGAAAAUACAACUUGCGGCUGUAACCGACGUGUCUGAAGAACUCAUGUUGUGUCCACUCAACCGAGACACUUCGAGAAAUACUCGAAAGGCUUUCUUAAUGAGUUCAUGUUAAUAAGAUUACCAAUCAGCAUGUGACAAGAAGAAAGCAAUGCAGAGCUGGAAUGUUGAAAUAACAGAUUAAAGAUACAUUCACGGUGCAACUAAUAUGUAAUAAGAUGAUGCUUAAACAUAUUGUAAGCCUGUUAGAAAUAAUUAGAGUACCUUAACUUCUUCCUUUCUGGGAAGCAUAAAAAGUCUAGUGAUACUUUGGAUUUCUACCACAAAGGAAUAUUUGUCUGCAAUUCAUCACAGAUCCUAUACAAAUUAUGUACAGUUAGCUGUAGAGUACACUGCAGGCAACCUUUGCAUAGGGAUAUUCAAGCUACAUCUUUAACAGAUACUAAGAUUCAUGCAUUUUUUUUAUGCUCCCUUUAAUUUGUUUAUGCACAGUUAUUUUUAUUAUUAUUAUUAUUACGCUAUUAUUUUCAGUUUUCAACUUUGGUUGUGAAAUAACAUUUAAAAAAACAACAACAUGGAAUUGCUUCUCCGCACCUAUUUCAAUAUUUAAUGAUUAAUGUCAACUAAUCUCCAAAAGAAGACCUGGCAGCAACAGAGUAUCAUUAGAAGUCUGUGAUUUAUGUCUUGAUGCUUGCUGUGUUCUAAAGAUUGCGAGAUGCUCAGUCAUGAAGCAUGCCAGGACUGUGGUGUGAUUAUUUAAGGAAGGAAGGAUGCCUGGAUGAGUACCAUUCUACAUUGGAUACACACUCAUAUGCAAAGAUUUUCAGAUAAAUACAUUUUUGACACAGGACUUCACAGUUUUAUUCCACACAAAGUGCAGAUUUAUCAAGGGUCGAAGUGGACAAUCAAAUUUUCCAAUUCAAAUUUUCAAGUUUUUUUUAUGGCCAAAACU